AUGAACGGCGUUAUUGAAGCGCUGCACAUUUACGAUGAGCACAACCAUGCCAUCCUGUCGCACACGUACACUUCCCGCCCGCUGUCGGCGCAACACCUCCUCCCCCUCUACCUAGAGCACCCCGCGCCGCGACCGAACCUGAUCUACCUGCCGAACACGAAUCCACCGACGCUCGUCUUCAGUCUCAACCACGCCAAUCUCUUGUUUCUGGCGACCUCGUCCUCUGAAAUCGAACCCCUCCUCGUUCUCGAGUUCGUCCACCGCAUCAUCGACGUCUUCGAGGAGUUCCUUGGCGCCCCCUUGCUGGCGCACAAGAUCGAGAGCAAUUACGAUGUCGUUGCGCAGCUUCUCAACGAAAUGUGCGACGCCGGCACCAUCAGCACGACCGAACCGAACGCGCUGAGGGACUUGGUGGAGGUGGAGGGCUGGGUUGGCAAGCUGCUCGGCAGCAUUAACCUGCCAGGGAAACCCGGUAAUUUUGGCACGGGUUUUGCCAACCCGAGCGCGCCAUCGUUGAUCGCACAGAAUACCCCGGCGUUGCCCUGGCGCAGAGCUAACGUCCGGCAUACAUCUAACGAGAUGUACUCGGACAUCGUCGAGACCCUGACAGUCACGCUCGCGCCUUCUGGGAGGCCGCUAGCAGCAUUUGCAAAUGGCACGAUAGCCUUCACCUGCAAGGUUUCCGGUAUGCCCGACAUUGUCAUGACCUUGACGAGUCCAUCCGGAAAACACAACUUGGCGGGCUUCAUGGACCUCCCCGUGUUCCACCCGUGUGUGCGCUUAGCCCGGUGGAAGGAGCGGCCGGGCGAGCUUAGCUUCAUACCGCCAGACGGACGGUUCAUCUUGGCCAGCUACGAGGUCGACCUCUUGCCAUUCACAAAUGGCAAGAGUGGCAGCCUGAGCGCGAACAAUCUCAAGUUGCCUGUCAACAUUGAGAUGAAGACGGGUCUGGGCCCGCUGGGCUCUGACUUUGAGGUUCGAUUACAUGUAAACAGGGUGCUAGGAGCAAGUGGCCCAUCGGCAGCAAGCCAGUACGGACGAGGCGGAGGCGGAGCAGGUCGAGGAUUCGGAGGGCCUCAUCCCGGCACACCAUCAUCACCGCUUAUGGAGGAUCUUGUGGUGACAGUGCCCCUGCCAGCCGAGGUUAGGAACCUGUCAGAGCUGCGGCCAAGCAAAGGCGACGCGAGCUUCAACCCCAGUGAAAGGGUCCUCGAGUGGCAUGUGCCCACAAAGGAGCUGUCUACCGGCACGUCCUACUUCGGUCUCAAGUGUACCGUGGUAGGACAGCCGGUGGACGAGGACGAGGAUGAGCUUGACCCGAACGGUUUCGGUUUCGGGAAGGCGUACGGCUACGACGAGCCGUACCAGAGCAGUCCGGUCCAGUCGAAGAAGCCGACCGAGAAUGCCGAUGACGAGAAGGACGCGAAGAGGGUGGCGCAGAACAAAAUGCUGAUGCCAAGCUCGGCGUCGGUCAGCUUCUCAGUCAAGGGGUGGCUGCCGAGCGGGCUCAAGGUGGAGAGCAUCAUGCUCGACCCGCGCAAAAGUAAAGGCCUCGGCGAGGGCGUGAAGCCGUACAAGGGCGUCAAGUACCUGACAGUAAGCAAGGGCGGUGUAGAGACGCGGUGUUAG